AUGGCCCGACACAACAGAAGUUCCCAGAGGCGGUCAUCAACGCCGAAUUUAAAGCUCUCGCCAGCUCAUGUGUCGGCGCUGCAGACCGCCGACCCAGCUUCACCGCCCGACACUCCCAUCACCUCACCACACUUCCCUCGCAAGAAUGCCCAGGCGGCAUUUUAUCUAUUCACGAACCCCCUGGCCCAAGACCCGAACAUCAGGCCAUAUGGAACUGGCCAUCAGUUCAGCUAUCGCCCGCUAGAGCAAUUGAGUCCCCGAUCGUCGUCGUCGUCAGAAGCUGAUGAGGAGGACGCGAGCGAUGAUGAAUCCUCCGACAGCGCUAGCGUUGUCAGCCUGCCAAACUCCUCGCGACGGUCGCGACAUAUCUCGACGGGAAAAAAUGAUUUUGAUGAAUUAGACGCAUGUGCAGAUGCGGAUGCAGAGCCAGAUCUGGACUCAGCCAGCUCCGAAUCUGAAUCUGAAUCUGAAUCUGAAGCGGAGCCAGACAAGCCUAAGCGAACAGGAUCCGCGCACGGUCCCGCGACAAGCACCCAUGACAGCUGUGGCUUUACGAUUGAGGAUGUCGAUCCCAUGGACAGCGAGUGCGAUGGUCUGGAUGUCCUCUAUCCCAUUGAAAUCGAGUCCGACAUCGAGUCUACUAGCAGUAGAUCCACGUCUCGGCAUAGGGAUUUGGACAAGGACAUGAUGCAAGACCUCGAGAACCUCAACUGCAGCAACGAAGCAUCCGAUGAUGAGGCGGAGCCCGAAGAAGAAGAUGAUGCGGAGUCGGAGUUCAUGAGGAGGCAGCAGGAGCUGAAACGCAUCCGGAGAGUGAGCAUGUCGAGCAGCUUCGGCAAGAGGACGCACAGCGAGCUAAGUGACUCGGAUGACAACGACUGUGCUCUCGAUGUCAACGAAGCUGGUUCCAGUGCUCGUCGCUUUCACAAAAGAGUCCACCGCGGAAGCUUGCUCUUCCAGGAUCCUCCCGCACCUCGAAUUGACGAGCUGGAAGAACCCAACUCAGAUGAGGAUGAAUACGUCAAGGAGAUUCGUAUCGUACGAGGUUUACCAUACUCUUCAGCUGAGGUAAUGGAUACCGACUCGAACUAA